UUACCUUUACUUUUUAAUUAUUUUUGUCUGGGGUUACCAAAUUAUUCUGUUUCCUCUUUUCAGUCAACAAAUGAUAUGUCCAUAUGCUAAUUGGUUCCUCUUUCUUUCAUUUUGUAUUUUUAACACUCUAAUUUCCACACUACUCUCUGUUCCAUAACUUCUAAAUAUUGCUACUGUAAAUCUGUUGAACAAGAAAAGCCAAACAGGGAAAAUGACAGAGAUCUUCUCCUCUUCAUGUUGAUUGAGGUGACCAUUCCCAUGCAUUUUCUACUCUAAUACUUCAAUUUCAAUCACUCUAGUUUUGCAGCUAUGACUGCACACCAGGAAGAGGGUUGGCCUCUGGGUUUGCAGCCAUUGAAUGUGAGAAUUGGAUUAGGAAGAGCUCGAGAUUAUUUUGGGUCAAUGUCAUUCAAUACUACAAUGCUUACUGGUUCACCAACUUCUUCUACAGAUUCUUCAUCUGAUUUAGACACUGAGUCCACAGGUUCCUUCUUCCAUGACAGAAGCAUCACACUAGGAAGCCUUAUCGGAGUUUCAAGCAUUUUAGAACUUUCUAGAAGAUCAAUAAGGGGAAGGAGAUCUGAACCACUGAAAGUGAAGAAGCCUUGCAAGGCUAAACCUUGGAUAUUCUCGCUUUGUUCGAGGGACAGUAUAGAUGUCAAGAGUAGUACAACCAACACCCCAUCCCUUGGGCAGUUUCUUGCAGUGGAGAGGAGGGCAGCAAAUAACCAGAGCAACAAUGUAGAUGUGCCAGAUGAAAUUACUAUGAUUCCUCAGCAGAAUUCAUUAUUUGUGGAUGGUCGUGUUGCUCCUCCUCGAUCAAGUCCAUUAUCUGGCUUGGAAGGUGACAACGGUGACAGUGAAGGAAUCGAUCAUGGGAACAAUAAUGGACAUGGAGUUCCUGUACUGUUUUCAUGCAUGUGUGGGCAGGAUACUCAUUGAGAUGGCAUACUUGAUCUUUUUAUUGGUUGUUGUUAUCCAUAGUUGUGUGUUAGAAAUGUUGAUGAAAUUUCAUAGCAAGGGACCAUGGAUAGGUUGGCUUUAGGAAGAUGGGCAUGUUGUACAUUUGCUAUUCCUUUAUGCAGCAAUUUCCUUGUCUUUUUGUUCAUUUUGCCCUGCCAUUCAAGACCAAAAGUGGUUGUGUGUGAAGAUUGAUUGUUCUUUCUCCAUUCUAAUACACUCUGUAUUAUUCAGUGUAAUGACAUCAAAGGUCUUGUUGUUGUUGUGAA